AUGACUGUGCUCAGGUGUGGCCACUGCAAGGCGUUGGCGCCCACAUGGGAGAAACUCGCCGAACAAAUACACAAGAAAUACAAGGUCUGGACCUGCACACGCACAACACCAGACACAUCGGUGCGUAUGUGUGUUGAGGAGCCUGUGCCGUGUGUGCAGACGGUUGUGAUAGCGAAGCUUGACGCGACGGCCAACGACACUGGCGACGACGUCAAGGGCUUCCCCACACUCUACUUCUACCCCGCUGGUAUGUGUGCCUGCGUACACACACACACACACACACGUGUCUGCACACGUGUUUGUUGUGUGUAUGUGUGUGUGGCUGUGCGCAGGCAAGAACAAGAUGCGACGGAGGAUCGCAUACAAUGGUGCGUGGCGUGCGUCACACAGCUACAAACCACACACGCACACCCGCAGACAGACGGACAGACAGAAAGGCACUGUGCGGACAUUUCUAUGUGUGCAGGUGGGCGUGAAUUGGAGGCUUUGUUAGAUUUCGUGGAGGACAACGCCGAGAGCAUCGAAGAAGACAGAGAAGAGAAAGACGAGCUCUGA